AUGAUGUCAAAUUCUCCUUACGGUCAGCAAUUCUAUAACAGCCUGCCCAACAUUGCAAGCACUCCUUUGUAUGGUGCUUCUCAGGCCCCUUACGCGAAUGCCUGGAACAAUUCAGCACCGCUGCCAUCUCCGAUCAGUCCAUUUUUGCCGUCUGAUCCAUCAAUAUCUUGGAACAGUUUCAAUGGUGCUGUUCCGGUUGAUAUAAACAAUAAUCUGCUGAAUGUGAGCAAUGGAAAUGCGCCCAACUUCAAUGCGAGUCGUAACUCAAUAUUACCCAACCAGGGACAGCCGCAGUCAUCGAUGUCACCAGGCAGCCUGGCUAGUUUCAAUGCCACUAAUGGAUCCUAUCCUGGACAAAGUUCUUCGUAUUACCCAAAUCUCUACUCUCAACAGGGAAUGAAUGCGAGCGGAGCAUCAGCUGCCAACGGAGGUCAUCAACUCAUGGAAUAUGAUGGACGUGCUGGCGUCAUGAUGCAAACACCAGGUCAAGGGCGAUCCGUAUAUUUGGGAGGAGGUGGACGAUCAUCUGACUAUGCGAUGGGGCAGGAUGGGGUAGUGGCUACCUUCGAAACAUUGCCGACAGGUGAAGCGAGGAUCAUUAUCGGUGAAGGACCACCUGAAACGCUAAGGGUAACUCGGCUUGAAUUUUUUUUCAUUUGUUCGCCGAGUUCAGAGCUCAUGAAUAUGAUGCUUCCGAAUAGAAGUGUUGGCAUUUGGAAGCACCUGGUUAUCAUUGAUAGGAAUCUCAACGGUUCAAAGUGCAAAUGA